AUGAAUUUAUUUAACAGUGAUUCUGAAAGUAGCAGUGUGCAUAAUGAAAGAAAAAACGCAAGCAAAAAUGUAAGCAAAAAUGUAAGCAAAAGCGCAAGCAAAAAUGUAAGAAAAAGCGUAAGAAAGAAUGUAAGCAAAAAUGUAAGCAAAACUUAUGACAACGAUAAGAGCCUGUUCAGUGACAGUGAUAAAAAUGCAAAGAAUAAAAUAAAGAAACGGAAAAAUGUUCUUAAAAAAAAAUGUUUGUUUAGUAGCAAUUCAGAUAAUAGUGAUGAUAAUAUAGACAAAACAAAUAAAAUAAAGAAAAGAAAAAAAAAGCUUAAAAAGGGAAACAAUAUUUUAAGCAAUAAAUUGGAUAGUAGUUAUGAUCAUGAUGUGACCAAAUUCGAAAAAAAAGAAAAGAACCUUUUUAAUAAUAACAUAAAUGGUCAGAUUUAUUCAACUGAAAAAAGUGAAAAAAACAGAAAUGAUAUGAUAUUUAAUUAUUCCUUGUUUAGUGAUGACGAUUCAGAAAGCAUAGUGAGUCAGUACAUAAAAAAAAAAAAAAAAAAAAUAGCUAGUCAAAAUAACGAAAAAAAUAAAAGGUGGAAUAGUAGCACCGAAUUAAAUAACAUUUCAAAAAUAAGUAAAAGUAGUAAUAGUUCAAACGACGAAAGAAAUAAAAAACAACAAUAUGAACAUAAUCUUUUUGAGGAUGAUACUUUAGAGAGUUAUGUGUCUCAUGAAGAAGAAGAAAACGAAAAAGAAAAAGAAGAAAUGAUUGGCAAUAAAAAAAAUAAAAAUACGAAAAAGGGAACAAAAAUUAUGGAAAAAAGUGGAAUAGAAAAUAAAGUGUGGAAUGAUGUAAUGAGCCAUUCUGAAAAAAACAAAACAGAUAAUGAUAAUAAUGAUGAUGAUAAUAAUAAUGAUGAGAGUAUAGAUAAGUACAUAGAAAAUGAUACAAGUGUAUUAAUAAAAAAAGACGAUAAAAAUAUAAAUAGCAUAUUUGGAAAUGAAACUUAUGACAGUAAAAAAAGUAGAUCAGACAGUUUGUAUAGAUUAGUAAAAUUUGAACAAUUAAAAAAAAAAGCUCAAAGAAAAUUAAAAUUUUUGAGUAUUGUUGAUAUGACAAAAGAUGGAAAUGAAUCUGAUAAUAAUUACACUGAAAGUGAUGAAACAACAAAUGAUUCUAUUUUAAAUGAAUCAGAGAAAAGUAUCAAAACUUUAGACGAUUCUUUUUUUUCAGAUAAUUAUGAACAUUCAGAAAAAGAGGAAAGUGAGGAAAAUAGCGAAAAAAGUGAAAACAUGAAUACACUUGAUAUAUAUAACUAUUAUUACAUAGACAAUGAAGAAAUAAAUGUGAAUAAAAAAAUGAAUCUUGAAAAAAUUGUUCCCCCAUCAACUGAAGCAAGAUAUGAUGAGGUAUAUAAUAUGUUAUUUGGGAUAGAAGAUUCUGAAAUGGUUAAAAAUGUGCAAGUUAAUACAAAUAGUGACCAUAAUGAUGAUAAUGACCAUAAUGACGAUAGUAGCCAUAAUGGUUACAUUGAGAAUAGAAGUAGAAAAGGUAUAAAAAAUAAUAAUGGAAAAAAAGAGAAAAUAAAAAAAUCGCUAGAAAAAAAUUUUAUUUUAUACAGAAAUUUUAGAAACAUAAAUAACGAAAUAUCAAAACAAAAUAAUAAAAAGGGACUCAUAUUAAAAGAGAUAAUAUCAUCAUUUAUAAAAUUGAUAAAUGAAAAUAUGUUAAAAAAUGAAGAAAAGGAAAAUAUUGAAAAAACAAACAGCGAGUUAGGGUAUGAAGAGGAUUAUAAUAAUGAAACUAGCGAUGUCGAAGAAAUGUUUAUUAGUUUUGAAAAAAAUGAAAAUAACAAAAGAGGAGAUGAAGAUUUAUACAAUGCUGACAAUGCUGAAAAUGGUGGGAAUGCUGGCAAUGCUGAAAAUGGUGGAAAUUCUGAAAAUGGUGGGAAUGGUGACAAUGCUGGCAAUGCUGACAGUGUGAACUGCUUUUGUCUAUUUUGUAAAGAAAAAAAUAAAGUGUUAAAAAAAGAUGAAUUAAAUUUAAUAAUAUUUAAAAUAAUAAAAAAUAAUAAAAAUAAAAAUACAAUGAUUAAAUUAUUUUUUAUUAACAAUUAUAUAUUUAGAUUAUUUAUAAAUCAUUCGAUACAUAAUAAAUAUGUUAUAGUUGUUUAUAAAGAGAGGAAAAAAGAAAAAGAAUAUAAAUAUUCUACUUAUUAUAAAUUAAGUACAUUAAUAAUAAAAAAAUUUAAUAUUAAAAAAAUUUUACAUGUUAUACCUAAAAAAAUAAUACUUACAAAUAUAGGUAUAUAUAUAUAUGGUAUAAAUUUUUUAAAUAAAAAUGAAAAAUUAAUAAUUAUACUAAAUUAUUUGAAAUGGAAAAAAAUAAGAAAAAAUUAUCAAGAAAUUCUAAAAUUAAAUAAUAAAGAAAAAUAUACAAAUUUAAUAUUAUACAAAAAAUUUUCUUUUUUUAUUAAUUUAAUUGAUAAAUAUUGUUCUAUAAAAAAUAUAAAUUUAGACAUAAAUAAUAAUGAUGAUGAAAUAAAUUAUGAUAUUGAAGAUAUUUCAAAUUUUGAAAAAAUAAAUAAAAUAAAACGAAAUUUUUAUAAAAAAAAAAAUUAUAAUAAUCAAAAUAAAAUUAAAAAUGAUACAUACUAUAAUAAUACUUAUAAUGAAUUAAAAAUAAAUGAAAUAGAACAAAAUUUAAAUACACAUUUGGAAAAUUCAGAUCUACAAUUUAUUGUAGUAGACCCUUUAUAUGUAUCAUCAUUUACUGAAUCAUAUCUUUAUCCAUCUCAUUUUAUAAUUUUAUUUUAA